CCCCAGCAGAGUACAUUUCAGUGAAGGUCAUAAUCUCAUCUCAACAUGUCUGCUUAGUUUAGGGGGUUGUCUGGGUUGCGUUGUUCAAUUUUUAUUGGGUAGGAGAUCAGCAUAUUUAAACUGAUACGCGAGUGAGCCAAUUGGGUGUUGGGCUUGUCAGUGGAGGGAGUGGUUAGUCGAUCUGUUUCACCGUUCGUCCAUUUCGUUACCAGUGUGAGACCGUGUAUUUAGCUAGCAUAACGGGGACAAGAUGGCUGCGACAGGUCGUUACUACAGCGAAGGCGGCAGAGCGACGAAAAGGCAAAAAACCGAAAACGACGGGAUGGAGGGCUACGAGGACCCUCACAAGACGCUCCCCUCCGUUGUUAUUCAUGUAAGGGGUUUGGUCGAUGGCGUCACGGAAGCAGACCUCGUUGAAGCCUUACAGGAGUUUGGCCCAAUCAGUUACGUGGUUGUGAUGCCAAAGAAGCGCCAGGCCCUUGUAGAAUAUGAGGACAUGAGCGGGUCGUGUAAUGCCGUGACCUACGCAAAUGACAACCAGAUCUACAUAGCAGGCAAUCCUGCCUUCAUCAACUAUUCCACAAGCCAGAAAAUAUCACGUCCAAGUGACUCGGAUGAUUCCCGGAGUGUCAACCUGGUUCUCUUACUCACCAUCAUGAACCCCAUUUAUCCAAUCACAACAGAUGUGCUGUACACUAUUUGCAACAAUUGUGGUCCAGUUCAGAGGAUUGUUAUCUUCCGGAAAAAUGGUGUCCAGGCCAUGGUGGAGUUUGAUUCGGUUCAGAGUGCUCAGAGAGCUAAGGCUUCUCUCAAUGGAGCUGACAUUUACUCUGGUUGCUGCACAUUGAAGAUUGAGUAUGCUAAGCCAACCCGCCUCAAUGUUUUCAAGAACGAUCAGGACACCUGGGAUUACACCAACCCCACUUUGAGCGGCCAAGAUGCUGAUGCAGAAGGCAAUGGCAGCAAUGCUCAAGAUGUGAAUGCCAACCCCAACAAGCGCCAGAGACAGCCUGCUCUGCUGGGAGACCACCCUCCAGAGUACGUGUGUCCAAGCAGCAGGCAAUUAUGCUGGGCCAGUCCUACACACUAGAUGAUGGAAGCAACAGCUUCAAGGAUUUCCACGGCAGUAGGAACAACCGUUUCAACUCUCCAGAGCAGGCAGCUAAGAAUCGCAUCCAACACCCAAGCAACGUUCUGCACUUCUUCAACGCGCAGCCCGAGGCCACCGCUGAUAUCUUCUCCCAGGUUAUUUGUGAUGAACUUGGCAUCAAAUGUCCCUCAAACGUUAAGCUUUUCACAGGAAAAAAUGGAGCCCCUGGAGAGCGCAGUGCUUCAGGCCUGCUAGAGUGGGAAUCAAUCAAUGAUGCUAUGGAGGCACUAGCCAUGAUGAACCAUUACCAGAUGCAGAACCCUAAUGGCCCUUACCCAUACACGCUGAAGCUGUGCUUCUCCACUGCACAACAUGCCAACUGAGUAGCACCUGUCUGCAGGAUGUAACAGCCACAAACUACUAAAAUCACUGCUUGACUUCAUCUGUAUUUUACCCUCUUGUGUGUAACGGGCAGUUGUUAGUGUUUUUGUGUCUGCGGUCAUAUUGAGUUGUCUUCAUAUUGUUUCAAGAUUUAUUCAUGUAUCCUUUGCGAGUUCUACGAGAAUGACUGACCAACAUGAAUAAGGAAAUGUUUUUACUUAAGAUGGGGAUGAUAAGCUUUUGUACCAGUAUUUUUUCUUUUUUACUGCUUUCCAUCAAUUUGGUUUUGUGUUGUGUUUAGCACCUGCCGAAAGUUCACACUUUGUAAGGAGACUGCAUCUUGUGUUUUUGUUCUCAAUAAAAUUGAUGAAUAAUUAAAUUGGA